AUGGCAUUACCCCUCGCAUAUUAUAUCAGAGGUGUUUUUUUCAAAAGCAUCACAAACAAUGGUGUUAUUCGAAUCAAUGACGCAAGUAAAGUAUUAAUCCUCGAACAUAUUACAUUUAAUUCUAUCACAUCUAACGAAAACGGUGGCUGUGUUCUCUUUAACACUGGUCACUCAAUUUAUCAAAAGGAUAUUUGUGCUCGAAAUGUCUCUUCAAGUAUGAAAGGCAAAUAUGGCUAUAUUAACAUCUUACGUAACUCAGAAAACAUAAACUAUCAUUCUAUGAUUUCGAUAACUGAUUGUACACCUGAUCCUGUUUCUGAUAUUCUUUGGAUUGGUGGUGGGAUAAUCUCUCUUUCAAAUUAUAAUUCCACGAAUAACUUUGUAUCGCAAACACCUGGAUUUUAUCUUGAAAAUUCAGUUGGAAUGGCUAAUGCAUCCUUUACAAAUAUACUAUCAGGAACGGCUACAGCAAGUUCUAUAGUAUGUUCUGAUACUAAUUGUAUAUUGAAAUAUUCAAAUUUUUAUAAUAAUCAAGUUCUUAGUACUACUUUUUAUUUUUUGAGUCUAUUCAAAGAUUCGUCUUUUGUUUAUCACUGUGUUUUUGUUCGCAAUGCUGCCCAAAAUUUUCUUGCCUUACAAAUAUCUAUGGUUGCUUGUUCAUAUUACGAAAAUUCGUUUAGCUCGACUCCUUCUUCUAUUAGAUAUGUUGGUUCUUACUCCUUCAUAGUGAAUACUCAAUGCCAUUUGUGGAAAAACAAUGAUUGCAAUAAGAAGAUUUCAUGUGUAUCAAAUUACUUCAUUAUAAACUAUUUUAUGUACUCCUUUUCUAUUUUCAUUAUUUUGAUUGACUAA